AUGGCGAACGUACAUGCGUCCCACGAUUCCCCUUAUCGAACUGGCAGACAUGUUCCUCUUAGUCAAAGUCGCCACGACCCUCUGACCUCCAUUGCAACGAGCGCCAUUGAAUCCCGUCCCGAUUUGACAAACCCCUAUGAGGACGACCAACCCAAGGCCUCAACAAGCUCGAACUCCAAUGGCUGGUCUGGCUCUCCUACAGGUGUCGGUUCUCCUACCCGCCCUUACUCUCCGGGAAUGAGGUCGCUUUCUUCUCAAAAGAGAAGAUCGAAUGAUCAAGGAGCAGAUGGUGCUGGUGAGAUCCAGAUGCAGAGUUUCCAUGACGGUGCCCCGCCUCCUCCCCCGGUAGGCCACUCGUGGAGAAAGAUCGACCGAUGGCUGGAGCGCAACUACGAAGAACUUUUCGAUAACCUAUGUGAAGGUUGCACCCAGAAUGACAUCAAUGAGUUGGAGCAUGAAUUGGAUUGCAGCCUUCCACUAGAGGUUCGGGAAUCUCUGAUGGCCCAUGACGGCCAGGAACGCCCAGGUUUGCCCACGGGAGUUAUCUUCAGCUGUAUGCUUUUGGACUGUGAGGAAAUUGUUCAGGAAUGGAGGAACUGGAGGACCGUCAACGAAGAGAUCCUCAGCGGCGCAACCAUGGUGAAUACUCCCCUUCCUAAAGCCACGGCAAGCUCCUCAUCCUCCAUACCCCCUCCACAAACAUCGAAUCCGUUGUGGAAACAGGAUCUCCUUGAACGCCAGGAUUCCCAGCCUCCUGGUGCAGUUCAGAAGGCCUACUCACACACUGCUUGGAUUCCCCUUGCGCGCGAUUGGGGUGGUAACUACAUUGCCAUUGAUCUGGCCCCUGGGCCUGCUGGAAAAUGGGGCCAGGUCAUCAUCUUCGGCCGUGAUUACGAUUGCAAAUACGUUGUCGCUCGGUCCUGGUCGGCUUUCCUUGCGGUGAUGGCGGAUGAUAUUUGCAGUGGCAAGGUUAUUGUGGAUGAAGAAACCAACGAGCUCAAGUUGAAGGAGUUCAGAGCUCAAAAUGUCGAGCCUCCAUACUUGGAAAUUCUCCGCUGGAGAACAGACCAGAAGUACGGCCGGAGGCCCCCUCGUCGCAAGGGUCCAAAUGGGCUUGGGCUUAGUACUGGCGGCAAGUCCGGGAAAGAGUCUCCCUACGGGAGUCCGACAGCUGGUGAAGAACGCGGAAGAUCGCCGCACCGUUUCCCCAAUCGCGGAUCUACUCAAAGCCCCAAGACACAGUUUGGCGUCUCCAGUCCUCUUGCCCGUGUUACUGAAGAAGCUCCGAGUCCUGUGAACACCAGUGCGGAUACUGAACUGCCUGUCGAGUCCUCCAAAGAGAACGCAAAAGAGUCCCAAGAUCAGGAUCUGAUGGAGGUAGCAACACCACAAAUAUCCGGGAAGGAGAACGAGGGCUUUUUGGCAAAGGAGAAUGACCAAAAAUCUUCGGAGCCAGAAAAAGCAGAAAAGCAUGAAUCGAAUCAGGAACCGGAAGCUGCCUUGGACUCGGAAGUCUUGGGCGAGAUGAAAAAUGUGGCCAUCUAA